GUUACAACAGUAGAAGUUACAAGAGUAGAAAUUACAAGAGUAGAACAGUAGAAGUUACAAGAGUAGAAGUUACGAUUUGAAGACAAAGAACCUAAACAAACAAAGACCAUGGAUAUUGAUGAUCAUAUAUACGGAAACGAAAGACCCAUCAUGCCCUGCAAGAAGGAUAGAGUUGGUGAUCAACAUUCAGUGUCUUGUCAGUGGUGGAAGAGAUACUCUGGAGCUGCUGCAGGAUGUCUGGGGCUGCUGUGUGUUCUCCUACUGGCUGGGAUCAUAGGCCUGUUUCUCUACCAGAGAAACCAAUUGACCAGUUCCAACACCCUGACUGAAGAGAGGGACCAGCUACAGACCAGUUACAACACCCUGACCAAAGAUGGAGACCAGUUACAGACUAGCAACAACAGCCUGAUCAAAGAGAGAGACCAGCUACAGAACGAGAUAGAACGUCUGAAACAAUUUUUAGUUGAGAAAGUGUGUCCGGAAGGAUGGAAGAAGCUUGGUAGCAGUUGUUACUACGUCUCUACUGAGUACAAAUCCUGGGAGAAGAGCAGACAGGACUGCAGAAAUAGAGGAGCACAGCUGGUGGUCAUCAAGAGCCAAGAACAACAGACAUUAGUCAAUUGGUUAUGUGGAGUAUAUGACUAUGUCUGGAUUGGUCUGACUGACUCUGUUUCUGAGGGGACCUGGAAAUGGGUGGACGACACACCACUGACCACAAAGUAUUGGAACAGUGGAGAGCCUGAUGGUGGAGGAGCAGAGAACUGUGUGUAUUUCUACUCCUGGUCAUCAGACACAGGAGAAUGGUGGGACUCUUACUGUUACUAUAAAUUCAGAUGGAUCUGUGAGAAAUAGGAUUCAUCCUCGGUACUCUCUGACCUGCUAAAUAAGAUUAUGCUAAGUACUAUCAAUGAGAAACUAUUUCCUGCUUAUUCAUUUACCUUGUCAACUACAUACAAUAUAUAACAAGACAGAUGUAGAAUACAUUAUAAUAAAACUA